AUGAGGGAGAGCGGGCGAGAAGGCGACGGCAGUGGGCCAUUGACAAGGAGGGCGAGGGCGAGUGGAGGGCAAGCGAGUGAGCUGUCGACCCUGCAGGACGCCGAGAAAGUGGACAAGCGGACGGACAAAGAGAAGCAGGCGAGCGCGGAUGUCGACGUCUCCCCCGUCGACGCUGCGAACCCGGAUGCGGUGGGCGUCGUGACGAGCAGCGUGGACGUCGCGGUGAACCAGCCGGUGACGAUGGCGGUCGUGAAGGAGACGACGCUCAGCCCGCUGACGUGGCUCCCGAGCCUCGCGUACUUGACGACGUUCGGGUUCGAGCUCGCGGUGGACGCGAACCUCUCGAACGUGCUCUAG